UAUUAAAAAAAAACUAUCGUCGAUAUUUUACAGUAUUUUGAUUAUUUUUUCUUCCGGUGUAAACUCCUUCGACGUCGUUAUAAAUACCUUAUUUAAAAUACUUUGCGCUGCGUACCGACGCCUCGCGAGAACUCAAUCAUUCUGUCAAACUUGAGAACAACAACAACAUUAUUGUGUUUUAGGAGCGUGGUUUUGGUGGUUUUUUGAAAAAUUUGGAAUAAAAGCCACGGUAAUUGUGUAUGAUAGUUCCGUCAUUUACCACGGACAAAAUUCCGUACCAGUUCUUGGAGAUAGCCGAUAGUUAUUGCGAGAAUGGCAGUCGUGAUAGAGCACUCGGAUGCGUUGUCGGCAUGUCGAAUUUGUUUAGAAGAUCGAACGGAAAUGUAUUCGGUAUUCUCUGAGUUGGAAAAUGGAUCCAUCAUCGCCAGCAUCAUCACAGAGAGCACCGAUGUGCAGAUACAAGAAGACGAUGGCCUUUCGGAAUGCAUCUGCUCGGAUUGCGUGGAGGAAGUUAAAUUCGUUGCCAGUUUUGUCGAAAAAACCAGACAGGCAGAUCGGGUGUUGAGGGAAUUAUGUAAACCCGAGGUGAAGCAAGAAGAUGAAGAACCACAGUUGUACUCCUUGGAAAUCUCCUUACUCGACCAUCCAAAAGAAGUAGAGACCAAGGUGGAAAUUGAGGACAAUGAGAUCACCGACCACGAAGAAGUAGCCGAUACUUCGUUAAUGCAGGACUUUAAAAUAAAAGAAGACCACGACUUAGCAGUAGAUGCAGACGAAACGGAAUCGCACCAGGAUUUUGAUGAUGGUAAUGAUAACGAUAGCGACUAUGUAGGAGAAAAUGCGAGCGACUCCGAUGAAGAUUAUAUGCCCGGGAAAGGUGCCUCCAAGCAGACAGAAUUGAGCUUCGUUGAUGCCAAUUGCACGUUUAGUGAUUCGGACGGAGAACCCAAACAGAAGCGUAAGAAGCGUUCUCCGAAUAAAGUUAAAUUAGAUAAGUCCAUUCCAGUUGAGCUCGACGAUGUCGAAAAGGAAACUUUUACGAUUAUUGAUGUUGGCGAUCAUUUUGUGUGCUGCACAUGCUUCAAGCUAUUUAACAGUGAAGCCGAACUAAUUACCCAUGGAAAAACGGUUCACCAACCUAAAAGGAAUCUUAAUCCGGCAAAGAGACACGUUUGCAAAUUGUGUUUUAGGAGAUAUUCCUCAAAAAUGGCUCUGCAAGACCAUUGCAAGAAAGCAGCUUCAAUUACUCAGGUAUUCGAUUGUAAACUAUGUGACGCAAAAUUUGUAUCGCCACCAAUGCGUUACCAGCACGCACAUAAGCAUCCGCCUGUAGUUCCUAAAUCUGCUAUAAUUGUGGCACCCAUUCCCCUUCAUGCUUUACAAAACGGAACGCUUUGUUGCGCUCAAGGAUGCAAUCAAGUUUUUGAUUCAGAGGAGGAACUUUUAGCACAUUCUACAAAGGAACAUCUGGCAAAUAAAAUUGAAGCAGACCUGAACCAAAACGAGAAGAGAACAGUUCAGUGUUUGGUCUGCUAUCGUAAAUUUAUGGAUGAAAGAGGUCUCAAGCAGCAUCAGCAAAGGCUCUACUUGCCCAAGCGGCACGUCUGUUCGAUAUGUGGAAUAAAAUUUGCUUUUGCGGCCGAAUGCAAACGCCAUGAAACGGAGCAUGUUCCUGUUGAGAAGAAGUUCAAAUGCGAGCAAUGUCCGAAGAAGUACGCCUUCGCGGAUCAGCUGAAGGCGCACGUGAAACGUCACUCGGCCACCAGAGAGUUCAUGUGCAACAUCUGUGGUCAGUCGUACCUGCAGCGGCACAACUUGCAGGCCCAUAUGUGGAAGCACGAAGGUAAGAAACCGUUCGAAUGCGACACUUGCGGAAAAGGAUUCCGAGUCAAAGCGAAAAUGAUUUACCACAAACGGACUCACUCGGGCGAGCGUCCGUUCGCUUGCCGAUAUUGUGAGCAAGCAUUUGCCGACAGUACAAACCGACUAAGACACGAAAUGUCUCAUACCGGUAUCAAACCGUAUAAAUGCGAUUAUUGCGACAAAACGUUCAUUACCAAGCGGUUGAAAAGAGAACAUGAGAAGACACAUUUCAAUUCACGUCGAAAUCAGCACACAUGCAAGACGUUGUAUGAGGAAGCCAUUGAAAUAGAUUAGUGUGUAGCCAUAGAAUUAUUGAUACAUUGUGUAAGGGAGCACAUAUUGAAUUUUAGGGAUAAUAAAACUUUUUUUGACAUAA